AUGGACUAUGACUUAACCGAUAUGAUUGCACCCGACAUAUGGUUAGGAGGACCUACUAAUAUGGGUAUGCCGUUAGAGCCAGAUAUGGACAGUAGUAUAGCCAUCAUCAAUGAUAAUAUCGGUGUCGGUGGUGCUAAAAAUAUGUCAUCUCCGAGACGACCACCACCAGCGGCCAGAAAACGGCGUCCCAAACAACCCGAUUCACAGACAAUGAUAAUCAAUGUACCGGGUUCUAGUAGACCGAUGACAACAACACCGGCACUGGUAGUUGUUCAACAACAACAACAACAGGUCAUAGUCAACGGCAUCGGGCAUACAGAGCCCAAUCACGAGCACAUACCUCCACCACCUCCUGUACCACCCGUCGACAUAUGGACUACACCUGAAUAUACCCCAUCAUCGCCUACACCAACAUCACCGGCAAACGUAUGGAGCAAAACACCGAUCGGCAUAACUGGUCCCGAUUCACCGUUUCGACCAACCACUACUACUACUACACCGAGUCAUACACAUAGACCUCCUCCAACUCCCGGUAGACCAUCCAAUAGCGGUCAUCCACCAGUGCCUACACCAGAAAUACCUGGUGGUGGUGAUGACUGUCGUGACAAUGAUGAUGAACGAUGCCAUCCAACCUAUACACCUACCGUUCCGUCGAUGAUAACCGUUAUGACCCGUCCUCCUCAUCCACCUACCGGUGCUGAUCAAGAGGAUUGCACUUGCUCUGGAAACAAUCGCGGUAACGGCACCGGCAGCUGCAAUGGAGGAGGAGGAGGACCAGUUAGGAUGCAACAAAAUCAACAAAUUUUACUUAACGGUGCAUUGGCUGGUGGUGGCGGUCCAGGCAGUGGCACUGGUAAUGGAUUGGUAGUACCUGUUGGCGGUAAUGGUUUGGGUAAUGGUGGCGGUAGUGGUGAUGGAAAUACGGGUGCAGGCAAUGGUGGGUUAACUGGUCUGGGAUUAAAUCCUAACGGCGGUGGUACCGGAUCUAAUGGACCAUUAUCGCCGGGCAGUGGAACUGGAGGUCCAUCGGGAACGGGAUUGGGAACAGGACCGGSAACUGGAACGGGAACAGGGCCGGCAACUGGACCGGGAACUGGACCGGGAACAGGUCCCGGAACUGGACCGGGAACUGGACCGGGUACUGGACCGGGUACUGGACCGACUGGACCAACCGGACCGACCGAGCCGCCUCCUUGUCCUAAUGUUGAAUCGUCGACCGAUGUUUGCGCAAUACCCCUAUGCUGUCUGUGCAACGUAACGUGCGGUUUGGGAGCUGUCGGUAUGCUAUCAGUUGAACAGAUAUGCGCCAAUCCUGACCUACAGGUGGCCACUGGCCUGCCGUGCAAUACACUGCUGACGCCCACCGGCUGUAAUCCAUUGUCGCUUUUAUUUAUUGUCAAUCAACUAUGCGGUCUAUUAGGCAAUGUACUGACCGGCCUAACCAAUGCUCUCGGUUUGGGGUCGGGCUAG